AUGUCCAGCUGGAUCAAGGUCACCGUGGUUUUGCACUCGUUAGAACCGCCGAGAUUCGGAUUGCGCCACCCAUACUCCAACGCUCUCAUUGCGGUAUACAAGGCUAUUUCCGACUCAGUUUUCGAUCACCCCAACAGGCUGUGGCACUUUCCGCUGGGCUUGCGCACGGAGGUGGUCAAGAAAGUCAGGGGCGUCGCGGGAACGGAGAUCGAGGACCUUCCGCCCUUCGUGGAGACUCUCCUCGCUUCUAUCAAAAAGGAUGGCUCUGAUGCCUUGUCGGAGCAGGAAAUGAAGGACGAGAUCAGCCUAAGGAUGGAAAGCGUGCCUGAGGAUCUCAUGUCGACUCUCUACCAAUUUCAGGUGGAAUGCCUCAGGUUCGCGAUCAGGAAGAAGGGGAAGCUUCUGUUAGGCGACGAGAUGGGCCUGGGCAAAACGCUUCAGGCGUUGGCCGUCGCGUGCGCCUACCGAGAAGACUGGCCGGUGCUGGUGGUGGCCCCUUCGAGCCUCAAGGAUAAUUGGCGGAACGAGGCCAUGAAGUGGGUGCCCGGGCUGACCAAGGAAGCCAUUCAGAUCGUCCGGGACGCGAAGAUGGGUGUGAGGGACAGCGCCCAAUUGGUGAUCGUGUCGUACGACCUGGCCACCAGGAUGGUCGAAAAAUCUCUCCUAUGGAAAGGACAGUUUGAGAUUGUGAUCGCGGACGAGAGCCACUACCUCAAGAGCGUGGACGCCAAGCGUUCCCAGGCGGUGGUUCCCCUCAUGCAGAAGGCCUCGAGGGCGAUCUGCGUCACGGGCACGCCUGCGCUGUCCCGGCCCGCGGAGCUGUUCAUGCAGCUGAAGGCGCUCAUGCCGCAGGCGUUUCGGACGUUCCAUCCCUUCGCGGUUAGGUACUGCGCGGCGUUCCAGGGACCGUUCGGGCUGGACGUGACCGGGUCCUCCAACUCGGCGGAGCUGAAGAUGAUCCUCGAAGCAGCCAUCAUGGUCCGACGCCUUAAGGAAGAGGUGGCGGAGCUAAUGGAACAGAAGGAGGCCAUAAAAUCCUCCCUUGGUAGCGUGGCCGACGAUGCCGAGAUGGGGCGGCUUGUAGGCCAAAUGAAGAGCCUGACGACCAAGCUGUACAUCGAGUCGGGGAGGGCCAAGAUACAAGGGGUACUCGACCAUCUCCGAGGGAUGUUGACCGAAGAACUCCCCGCCGAAGGUCACCCCCCUGGCGGAGGCGUUUCUCCUAAUCGCACCGGCGGCGGCGGCACCCCUACCGCGAGGGGCAACGCAGCGGCGGCAGCGGCGGCGGCGGCGGCGGCGGCGGCGGCGGCGGCGGCGGCGGCGGCGGGCAGCGGGAAGUCGGCCACGCCGCCGUUACCGCGGGGGAAGGGUCCGGGGGGGCUGUGGGGUAACGUUAGCGUUGACGACGGCGACGAGGGUGGUGGUGGUGGUGGUGGAGAAUGGGCGUGCUCGCGCUGCACGUACCACAACCCGGCGUCGCAGCGCGAGUGCGAUCUCUGCGACACCCCUCGUUCGGUGGCGGCUGCGGCGCCGGGAGCGAAGCAGGCGGGAAGCAGCAGCGAGGGGGGAGGAGUGACGGGCGGCUCGAGAAAGAGCGGUGGCGCCAACGGUAGCGGGGCCCGCCAAGGCCGGGCCGAAAACGGGAAGGACGAUGACGACGACGACGAGGACGCGUGGAUUGUAGACAGCGAUGAAAGUGGCGGCGGUGUCCGCGGCAGUGGCAAGAAGGUCGGCGGGAGGAAGAGGAGGCUGGUCAAAGCCGAGGAAGAAGACAAUGAGGCCGUCGCUGUCGACAGCGGCAGCGACGACGGCGACGGGUACGGGGGGGGGCGCCGGCGGGGUGGCAGGAAAAGGGGCAGGGGAGACGCCGCCGCCGCCGCCGCCGGCCGCGGCAACGGGCGGGCGGCGAGGAAACCAAGGACGGCAGGCGCGAACAGCGACGAUGACGACGACACGCCAGAAGAGGAAGGGGACGAGGUGGAGGUGCUGCCGGUCCCGGGAAAGGGGCGUCGAUCGGGCGGGGGGAGCCGCCUCCGGAAACGGACCACCGGCGGCGGCGGCAGCGGCAGCGCCGGUGGGCGAUACGGUGACGACGUGAGCUCGGAUGAGGGCCUCGACAGCAGUGACGACGACGAUGACGGUGAUGACGAUUUCAUACUGACGAAGAAGCGGGGAAAGCUACCCGCCAAGGACUUACUGUCCUCUGGAGGGAAGGGGAAAGCAAAGGGCCGAGGGGGGCGGGGUGACGCUAUCGGCAAGCGAGGCCGGGGGGCCGGAGGGGGGUCGGGGCAGGCGAAGGGUACGCGUGUAGCUGUCGCCGCCACCGCGGCCGGCAAUUCCUCCGCUUCCAAGGCAAAAGAGCCGCGGAAGCUCGUGGUGUUCGCUCACCACAAGGAAGUGAUGGAUGCCCUUGAGAGGGGUCUCGACGAGAUAGGGGUCUGUUCUGUGCGGAUCGACGGCAGCACCGCUCAGAAGAAGCGCCAGCCAAUCGUCGACCGCUUCCAAGGCAGCGCCUCGGUGUCGGUGAUCCUCCUGUCCAUCACGGCGGCCGGCGUGGGCAUCACCCUCACGGCGGCGUCGUGCGCGGUGUUCGCCGAGCUCUACUGGACGCCCGGGUCGAUGGCUCAGGCGGAGGACCGGAUCCACCGGAUCGGGCAGAAGGCCAAGACCGUGCUGAUCCGAUACCUCGUGGGUCGAGGCACCAUGGACGACGGUGUGAUCAGCACGAUCCACCGCAAGCAGACAACGCUCAGGUCGACCGUUGGGCUCAACCGGGACGCCGGGGGCUACAGCAACGUGCCGGGCAGAGAGCACCGCCUCUUGAGUCCUGGGAACACCCCAAGCCCAGUCCCUCCCCCGGUGGGUGGCACGAAGGCGAUGCCCGUGUCCAUGCUGUACCGCCCCGAGCGGUCACAGCGCAAGCUCGAGUUUGCACCAGCGGCAUCGAGUGAGCAGCAGCGUUCAGCAACGGCGGCGGCAGGGGCGGCGGCGGCGGCAGGGGCUGAUCCAACAACCGCUUCAUGGCUACCACCAUCGCCAGAAGAGAAAUGGGCGUCGUCAUCGUUAUCAUCCGGCAGACUGCAGCAAGGCGUGGAUUGCGUGGAUCUUAGCGGGUCUCCCACGAGAGAAGGAGGCAUUCCUUCUUCUUCUUCUUCUUCUCCGCAUCGUCUUGAUGGCAGCGGCGGCACAGGCGGCGGGGGCGGCGGCGGUGUUGGAGGUGGCGGUGUGAGUCCCUAUCUUCCCGCUGCGAAGGCUGCCGGCGCGGCCGCGGCUACCGCCGCUUCUUCUGGUCCGUCGCUUCCCCAGCAAACUUCACCACAAACACAACCGUCGCCUACGUCAUCGAUACCACCACCAUCACCAUCACCAUCACCAUCGGCAGCAGCGGCGGCGGCAAUGCAGUUGUCUUCCGGUGACGAGACCAAUGCCUCCGCGGUAAAAACGACGGCUGUCGGUGGCGGUGCGGGAACCUCCCAACAAAGCGGCAGCCAGCCUCUGUCGGCGGGAUCCCAGAGAGAAGGGAGGCAGGCGACGACGGUAGGCGGCGGCGGGGCAGCGAAGGCGACGACUGUCCUCUCGGCUCAAGUUCAGUAGCACGAAAGCUGAUGGACAAGAGUGUGGCCUUGCUCGGCGCUUCCGGCCCUCACCAACGCAGCCAACCUUCGGCAAUAGCCGCGUAUCAACACCGGCGAGGGAAGAAAAGAACGUCCAAGAGGGGAAAGUUUCAGUCUCUUAUCUCUCCUGGCACCUCCAGGACCAAACACAGAAACACCCCCCCCGACUAUCUUCUUCUGCUUCCUUCGCUUACCACCGUCUCGCUCACAGCUUCUUUGCCUUGCAAGACCAUACAUACAGGGUACCCGCGCACAUCCCACCCUGUGUUUUGCUAACAAUUUUCGCUUUCUUCCUUCAAUUCAAUUCAGUUCAGUUCCAUUCAAUCUCCUCCUCCUCCUUUCCCUCUUCCACCGCCCUCUCUUCUCUUGCUAAGCCCGCGUUCUACAAAGUCUUCCUCCGCCUCUUCUUCGUUCUCCGUUCUCGCUGUGCGUGUUAUAACUCUGCUCUGCACCUCUGCACACCUUCCCCCCAGAGUCUUCCUAUCGACAUGACACACAACCGAAAAAGUAAGCGACCAACCUCCGCGCAGACAAAGAGGGAAGCUGUUGAGGGGGAAAGAAAGAGGGGGUGGGGGUGGGGGGCGGGGGCGCACGCGCGCCCCCGCCCUCGACUCCACAAUCCCAAACCAAGCCGUCCGACCUAUCAAUCAACCCAACCCCGUAUUUUUUUGCCCUUACAAAGGGUCGGUCAGCCUACCAAACAAACUUCAAAGGGUAGUCUCGGCGAAAAGACUACCAAACAAGCCUCUUCGUAAUCGAAGGUGGUGCUGACCAUCAACCACACAACGUCCGCCUCAAAAGAUAAGACGGUGCUGCGACAACCUCACAAAAACAUAGUGCCAAAAAAACCAACAACUUUAGCGCGCCUUCUCCGCCAUCUUUCCGCGCUCCCCCCUCCGAACGAGGGCUUGAAGUGGGAAUGGCAUGCGUACAUGACGAAACACCUCGUCCCCGUCCUCCUUCCCGAGGCGCAACACCAGCAAAAAAACCAACAAAAAAACGGCGCCGUUUGCUCCUCUGCUGAAUCUAUUUCUCUUCCGUCUCUCUCUCUCUCUCUGCCUCAUGCUGGAUCCGCUUUUACAUCGAAAAAAUCGUCGGCCGUUGAAAACGACAACGAUCUGCGGGCUGCCAUUUGAAUCAGCUACAACAACAAAAAAAUAGGACACGAAAUAAUGAAUUUCGUGAGCAGAGAAAAUCAGAACACAGCAAGACAAAAACGCGCACCUGCAUAGAAAGCAACACGAAACGGCCAUGUAAAACGAGGGCGCAAGCGGCGGGGGCGCCCCCUCUGAACAAUGUCGCGUGCCACUCGGGAAAGAGCAACACGGUCAGAUAAGGUGCACCCUUCCGUUGCAGCAGCGUUCGCCAGUACGACCCGCGCAGGCCGGGCGGCCAAUAGGUGGCGCCCCCGGCCUCUCGAGAGUUCCGGACAGUCUACACACCGCGCAACAACAGCAGACAACCCGAAACUCGCCCCUCCGCAUGAAACGAAGCGAAGCCUUCAAUCUAGCUGUGAGGGACAGGCCAUAAAAGGCUCGCUCAUCUUCGUCGUUUCAUUUCCCGCUUCCUCCCCCCUGUUUCGACCAACGGAUGUCUGCUGCAAGAACCUCCCGUG